AUUCUUUCCCUCGGCCCUUUGCAUCUGAUCCCUCUGUCUUGCUCAUGCUAAUGGACCUUCCCUCAAAUUCGCAGUGGAGAGAAAAGUUCUCUGCGGCAACUCCUGUUUCCAGUUCGUAACUUGAAUCAGCAAGUACAUGGCAGGUUUCUUAUGGCACAAGGUAACGUUGGGUGUGCUCUAUAAACAAGUGCAAAAGUGCGGUUGCAGUCAUGAAGAUGGACAGGCAUCCCACUCUUCAUAAGGUGAGACCAUGAGUUGUGGACCUACCGUCUUAGCAUGGACAGAUACCAUGAGGAAGAUGUACGUGAGGUAUCACCGGCAGAAACAAGCUAUCCUAAAUGCGUUGAGAUCAACACUGCAUCUCACCUUAAGAAGACUGCUGAGGUUAGCCUCAUCAAGGUCACCAGAUUCACCAACACCAUUAGUCUUGUCAACCCUCUCAGCUUCAUGACAAAAUAUCCGUGCCCUAGUGCUCGAAAAUCCUCAAAGAAGUCGGACUGAUUGGAGUUGAUAUUGAAUAAAGGCCAUUCCUUCGUUAAUGGCAAAACAAAGUGAAAGUUGAUAUAUUCAAUAAACAGAGUGAACCUUUUUGACAUGUUCAAAAUUACUAUUUUCAUGAAGUGACAAAUUUGUGAUGGUUCGGGUCUGGAAUCCAGUUAACAAGGCACUUUUUCAAGGCCUUAACCCCUCUUGAGCCCUGGCCUGCGCCAUCCCUUUUUCUCUCUUUCGUCAAGGCGGCAAUACAAGACAAUGGCUUUCAAACUAAAUGACCUGGUGGAGAUAUGCAAGAAGGAAGAGGGGUUCUCUGGCGUCUAUUACACAGCCAUUCUUCUAGCCGCGGUAGGAAGAAAGAGAUACUUGGUACGGUAUGAGAAUCGUUUCAACGAGGACGGAUCAAGGUUCCUCACUGAAGCUGUUGACUCCGAUGAAAUCAGGCCUUCUCCCCCACAACCUUCUGGCUACAAUUUCGCCAUGGCUGAAAGGGUUGAAGCCUUCGUCGACUUUGCUUGGAGGGUUGGAACUGUCAUUAGAAAAGUUGACCCCAACUACUAUGUCAAGUUGGAUUGCAAUGGCAAGGAACAUCACUGUCCUUUCUUUAAAGUUAGGCGUCAUCUUGAAUGGCAAAAUGGGACUUGGCUCUCUCCUGCAACUGGGUCAACUAAGAGCAUUGGCUUUCCAUUUCCAGCAUUGGAUUCCAUUGUUUGCAAGCUUAUAGAUCCGAAAGCAGCCAAGAAAACAGAUCAGCGCGAGGGGAUCAACCUGCAGAUCCUGGCAACUAAGCAAACAUGAGGGAACAAAUUGGGGCUAACUUUGAUUAGCUUAGAUAUUAGUCUGCAGUAGCAUUUGACUGUUAAGUCAUUCUAUGUUAGUGAGAUGUGAAAACCCAUUCUGUUUCUUUGUUGCUUAUUGUGUUCUUCAGCUGCUUUGUCUAAAACAUGAAAACUUUGUGGGCUGAUGGCAUUCAUUGGUCACUUGAAUCUACAAUUCUCACGCUUCUUAGUGUUCA